UAUAGGCCAUGAGAAGUCAUGGUCCAUGGCUGCUGUUAGAAUGCCUAUUGUUAGAAUGGGAGCUGUGGAAUGGUGCCUUGUUGUGGUCUAUCUUGUUGGGAGCAUGAAAGUCUCUUGUUUACCUUUUGGCGAGUUCCAGAAGCCAGAUGGGAUAUCUCUCACAGGAAUUCAAGAGAAUCCGGACAAUGGCGGUUCCAAAAGCACACCUGCCACCACUCAUCAAGGUUCAUUUGUAGUUACCGACAUGGCUAAUGACCUUGGCGAGGGGCCCACGGGCUCGGCCACCACCACCACGGCGGGCGAGGGGCCCACGGGCUCGGCCACCACCACCACGGCGGGCGAGGGGCCCACGGGCUCGGCCACCACCACCACGGCGGGCGAGGGGCCCACGGGCUCGGCCACCACCACCACGGCGGGCGAGGGGCCCACGGGCUCGGCCACCACCACCACGGCGGGCGAGGAACUUCUGUAGAGUUACUUUUCUGAUUGUUCUACAAAUUGAACUCUCAUCAGAGAUCCUGCAACCAUGUUGGAUGAUAUAUUGAUCCUGCAUUUGCCUGUAAUCCCUCAAUUAAACUGUUUACUUGUA